AUGUCAGAAUUGGCAUGGCAAUUUGGAAUCAACCACGCUCCUGUGAAACUGAAGGGCCAGCUUGGAAUUGUUUAUAUCUCCCUGUUCCUUCACGUCUUCAAUUUCGACCAGCAAGUGACAGUGGCUAAACCAGUUCUGGAUCUCAUGGCCGCUGAACCCGGGUCUAUGAUUGUCUGCCGAGUAGUCAUGUGCAGAGAUCAAGAUACAUUGAAUGCUACAACCGCUCGUCUUCCUUACUAUUACCACGACCUGGCUAGUUGGGGAAGGCUUUGGGAGCGAGUGCAGAAAGAGACAGGCAUCAAGCUGAACUUGGAAAGCUGGGAACAAGAGGAUGCUCUGGCCAAGAAACACCCUCUUCAAGGGAUUUACGUCCUCGGUUCCUCUAUUCGUCGGGAUUAA